UGUCGGGGGAAAGAAAAAAAGAAAAAAAAUCAGUUUUUGUUCAGGCCUACACUCACUGUGCGACGCAUCAUGCCUUCUUUUGUUUACAUUAGACAGGCCACAUCCACUUUCACGCCACCUUCGACGUACCCUAAAACGGUUUGCAUAAAAUGAAGCUGUCUAUCCAGUCACUGUGUGUGCUCUCAACGUUGAAAUAUGUCAUUGAUGGGCGCUACCUCCACGACAGAACAGGGCGCAAAUGUGUCAACGAACUCAAAUGGAUGUCUGUGGUUUUGCAUUCUGCUCAAGGGAAUAUGAUCUUUUCUUUUCUCAUUCAAAGACAUUAGGUGAGGGCAAGUAAGUGAACAACAAAUUGCAAGAUAAUUGCCUGUGUACUUCCAUAUUAGUGGGAAGCGCACGAUACACAUUGUACUGUUCAGGGAAGUAAAUGGGCAACGCGGAGGUAAGUUUUAUUGAUACAUUGUUGCGUUUCGCUACAAAAUUCACAAUAGUUCAACAAACCGUUGUUUGGCCAAAACCGCGUGGAAUGCCACGCAGGCAAUAGCCUACUAAAACUACCCCAAAGUAAAGAGAUGUUGAACGGGGAGGGGGAGAAGUAUGACGCGUGCAUGCAUUAAUAAGAUACUGUGACCUAGUAUAUCCAGACGUACUAAAAAUGAAGGCUGUAAGGAAAUACUUUAGGGGUAGUGGGAGGGCACUUGCAUUUGUUUUCAUUGCAUCUGUCAUUUGGCUACUGUUUGAUAUGGUAGCACUUCGCCUGUCAAUGAAUGAUGUUAACAGCCAACUUCUGAAAGAAAGCGUAGUGAAGGAAAGGCUGACUGUCACACCGCAGGCCACGGAGCGUACACAGUUAGACUUGGACCUGGACGAGGCAGGUAAUAAAGGUCCACUCCAGAAUGAAAAGAAAGUCCUUGAAGUGGGCAGAAAGCGAAGACCUGCUGCCAAAAAGGACCCGCAGUUGAAGGACAAAGUCAAUUCACAUGAGCAACAAGGGGGGAAUGCCCAACCAAAGUCAGAACAAGGAAAUUAUGUCAUUUUUAAGCCUAACCAAAUCGAAACAGUGAAUCAUGUCACAGGACAGUUGAGUGUGCCUUUGAAUACGAAAACGCCCGUCAAAGAUCCUUUGCCUGUCAAAGACCUGUCAAGAAAGGCAGUGGACUUGAUGCUAAAUGUGGUGAAGUCCGAGGAUAAGAAAGUGGCAGUGCUUUCGAACUUCACCAAAGUGCCACCUGGUGUUCAAGAAGGAAAACAUGUGGAAACAUUGACCUCAAAAAAGACAGAGAAAGCAGAGGAAAAUAUAGGCCUAAUGCAAAAAGCCAAAGCAAAAAUGGACCAAAAGAAGAAUGAGAGAGUCCGAGAUCCACUGGAGCCUGGCAUACAAGAAAGCUUUAUAAAAUACAAAGUUGCCGUGGACCGCACAGUUAAAUCUGUCAAAAAGGAUGUACUGAAAGGAAAGGAGGUGGUCGUCAAUAUUAAGGACAAACGGAUCAAUGCAGUUGAUAAAGGUAAGCCGUAUGCCUUAAAGGAGACCGUACUUCCUAGAGCAAAGUUAAAACGUCAACCAGGAGUUCCCACAAACUCCACAGACGUUCGAAACACAGGCGUUCACAAAGUGCUGGCAUUAGACAUGACCGAAGCCCCCAGAGAUGCCGAUGCAAUUGGGCAAUUUGGGAAAGCAGCCAUGGUGCCCAGUGACAAAGAGCAGGAGGUGAGGAACCGGUGGAAUGAAGGCCAUUUCAACGUGUACCUGAGUGACCAGAUCCCUGUGGACCGAGCCAUCCCAGACACCAGACCGCAUACGUGUUCUGAGAGUGUGGUCCAUGAUGACUUGCCCACCACCAGUGUGAUCUUCUGCUUUGUGGAUGAGGUAUGGUCCACUUUGCUCCGGUCCGUCCACAGUGUCCUCAAUCGCUCUCCACCACACCUUCUCAAAGAGAUCAUCCUGGUGGAUGACUUUAGUUCCAAAGAAUAUCUCAAGAACCCCCUGGAUGUGUACAUGUCCCAGUUUCCCAAAGUGCGGAUCGUCCGUCUGAAGGAGAGGCAGGGCCUGAUCCGAGCUAGGCUGGCAGGAGCCGCCAUUGCCAAAGGUGAUGUUUUGACUUUUCUUGACUCGCAUAUUGAAUGCAACGUGGGCUGGUUGGAACCUCUGCUGGAGAGAGUGUACAUAGACAGGAGGAAAGUGGCCUGCCCAGUCAUCGACGUCAUCAGUGACAAGGACAUGAGCUAUGCGUUGGUUGACAACUUCCAAAGAGGGGUAUUCAAAUGGCCCUUGGUGUUUUGGUGGCGCAGGUUAUCAGAGGAAGUCAUUAAGAAGAAUCACAUGAAGGCUUCAGAUCCCAUCAGGUGUCCCAUCAUGGCAGGAGGACUUUUCUCCAUCGAUAAGAAGUACUUCUAUGAACUGGGCUCUUAUGAUCCUGGCUUGGAUGUAUGGGGUGGAGAGAACAUGGAGAUCUCUUUUAAGAUUUGGAUGUGUGGAGGUGAGAUCGAGAUCAUCCCAUGUUCCAGAGUGGGCCACAUUUUCCGAGGCGCCAACCCAUACAAGUUCCCCAAGGACAGGCAGAAGACGGUCGAGCGUAACCUGGCCAGGGUGGCAGAGGUGUGGCUGGAUGAGUACAAGGACCUGUUCUACGGCCAUGGAUACUACCAUCUGCUGGAUAGGAGUGUCAUCGACAUUGGCAACCUCACAGACCAGAUCGAGCUCCGGAAGAAGCUCAAGUGCAAGAGCUUCAAAUGGUACCUGGAUAAUGUGUACCCAGACAUGGUUGCUCCAUUGGUCAAAGCUGAGGGGCUAGUUUUCAAUCGUGGAGUAAGAAAAUGCCUCGCUCUGCAGAAAGGCUCCCUUGCCUUUGAGAUAUGUGAUCUCAGCAAGCUGAAUCAGCACUUCAAUUACACCUGGAUGAGGCACGUUCGCCAGAAAGAUGUCUGUCUCACUGCUCAGGACAAAGGUAGCAGCCUGGCUAUGCAGCCGUGUGACAACACCAAGCCACAGCUACGCUGGCUCCACAAGGUCUCCAACUCUGCUCUGGUGGAGCACCUCGUUACGGAGCUUGCUUCCCAGCGUUUGUGUCUUGAGGCUGGGGCUCUGGGUGACCGCAUGCAGCUGAAGAGGUGUGAGCCUACCAGUCCCUACCAGAAGUGGCAGUUCACACACUACCGCGCUGAAUGACGGGAGUACAGGGCUACAGCACUAUUCAUGCAUUAGUGAUCGACACUCCAGUACUUGACUGUGCUGUGUGUGUGUUUUGGAUGUGGUCUGUCGCAAUAGGAAUAUGCAUGGUGUUGGUUUGAGGGUGGUGUUGGGAUGUGCAAUGUUUUUGUUUUUUUUAAUCAUGAUCAACUUUUGAAUUUUGCAUGACUUAUGAGGCCCCGGAAAUGAUUUGAAAGGGCAGCUAUUAGACAAUGUAAAUCAGUGUUUUCGGAUGCAUUGUUUACUGGAGUUGCACUUUUUAUUGAGCUCUUUGGUUUUACACUGUAUGUUCAUCAGCUUUGCAAAAACAAAUGUUCUCUAAAGAGCCGUGGCAUAUCGACUAUUUUUCUACAGAUGUUCUCUAUAUUGUAGCUCUCGGUUUGACCACACAAUGUACCAUAUUUCUUACUGUUUCAGUGCCAAAUGGCUGGAUAUAUUAUGCCACUUUUCUAUGAUUCAUGUAAAUACAUAUUCUCUGUUUGAAAUACCAUUUUAUGUACAAAUUGAAAUGCAUGGAGUGUGCAUGAGCCUGUGUAGACAUUACAUAUCACAGAUAGCUUUGCUAAAGACAUUUUUUAUUUUUAUGAGAUUAAAAAGAAUUGCAUUGUAUUAUGUGAGGUUAUGACUCAGCUCCGGGUUGACGUUUCCCCUAAGGUACCGAUCUAGGUUCGACUUCCCUUCCCCCAAUCCUAACCUCAACGAUUAGUGGGGGGAAAUGCAAAACUGACCCAAGAUCGGUGUCUACGGGCCACUUCACCCUACACCUUAUGUCUCACUUAGGAUAAUAAGAGCUGCUUCUUUAUUACUAUAUGGUUAUAGGUUUAGUACAUACUGUAUGUAUAUUUCUCUAACACUAGAGGGGACUGUUGUUGAUAAAAUGAUAUUCUUUCUCCUUUUCUGAAUAGAUAUUAAAAAUGAUCAUUUAA